AAUUGUACAAACACAAGAUAUCAUGAACAACCAGCUUUAUCAGUACAUCGAAGGGUUCUGCAUACCAAGAGCGUUCCACGAAAAGAACUUUCGCUCCGCGAUUGGGUACAAGGCACGCGAAGGAGACAUCUUUAUUGUCACUUACCCAAAAUGUGGGACCACAUGGACUCAAUACAUCGUGUGCAACAUUCUAACUCGUGGAAACCCGCCAUCUGAAAUUGCCGAAUACGACCUGAUGACGCCGUUCCUUGACGCCCGGGGAGCCGAGGCUGCGGAGAAUCGCCUCGGAGCAGGCCCCAUCGUGACGCACCUGCCAAGUGGUGUGCUUCAACCAAGUGACUGCGCCAAGUACAUUUACGUCGCUAGGAAUCCGUAUGACUGCGCUGUUUCUUAUUACUAUUUCCUCAGAGGAUUUACGCCAAAUGCUUUUCCGGAUUUCGACACCUUCUUGGACACGUUCCUAUCUGGAGAGGUUCCAUACGGUGAUUACUUCGACCACCUCUUGUCCUGGUACGAGCAUCGACGAGAUGCCAAUGUCCUGUUCAUAACUUACGAAGACCUAAAGGCAGACAGCAGGGCACAGCUUCUCAGGAUCGCUGAUUUUCUUGGUGAAGAGUACGGAACAGCACUGCGUGAAGACGAAGAACUGCUCCGGCGCGUUCUCGCCGCUUGUCGCCUGGAGAAGAUGAAGGCGUUCAUCAAGGACAACCCAGUUGACAGAUUUCAGUCAAACAAUUGCGAAACAAAAGUGGUCAGCGGACAGUCUCCGAACUUCGUCAACGUUUCCACUGUGAUGAAGGGUCCCGUCUCUGAAGUACCGUCUGCCUUUUUAAGAAAAGGAAUUGUGGGAGACUGGAAAAAUCACUUUACCAGUGAACAACUGCAAAAAACUAAAGCCUGGAUUUCUCAAAAGACUGCUAGUAGCGAUGUCAUGAGCCUGUGGAAGUCAAUGGAUCUCCCAAGUUUAUAAUUAUGGAGAAUGUG